UUUUAGUGUGGCUGCUGUCACGGUUUGUUUUUCGACUACUGUGAUUAUUUAUAUUAUGAAUUUAUUUAUUAAAAUGCGAUCACUAUUACUUUAAAGUACAUGAAUAAAAUACCUAAUAGGUUAAGGUUGUGAUGUGCUUUUUAACCCGAAAUGGGAAAAUUCAGUACGUACAGUUAUUUAGAGUUAAAAGAUGAUACCUCAAAGUCACAUAUCAACGUAAGGACUAGAUCCUUAAAACAACCAAGGAGGUUGAAGAAAAUCUUUAUUUUUCUUAUCAUAUUAGCAUUAUUCGUCACGUACUUUUUGGGAUUAUUCGCGGGUCAGGCGCAAUGGUUUGAUGGUUUGGCGAAGAGUCUUGGCUACGAAAGCGUCUACCACCACGCUGUGAUCAUAGACGCGGGGUCUUCCGGCUCCAGAGUUUUGGCGUACAAGUUUAGAGUACCGUUCACAGUAUUUGGACAACCCAAUUUAGACUUAGUAGCUGAAUAUUUUGAAGAGACAAAACCGGGCUUGUCUUCAUAUGUAGACGAUCCUGAAAAGGGCGCAGAUACAAUAGUGCAGUUAGUGAAGAAGGCGGAACACCUUAUACCCCUCGACAAGAGACGGUUAACUCCUCUCAUAGUUCGCGCCACAGCUGGUCUCCGCUUACUGCCCAAAGACAAAGCUCUACAACUUAUAGAUGAAGUAGCUAAAGCGAUAUCCAAAUUAGGCUAUGAUGUUGGUGCGAAUAGUGUAGAAAUAAUGGACGGGUCGGAUGAAGGAAUCUUCAUUUGGUACACCGUGAACUUGCUACAUAAUUUAAUUGAUGGUGAAACAAUGGCCGCUUUGGACUUGGGCGGUGGUUCAACGCAGAUAACGUAUCAGUUGAGCGAUCAAGACAAGAAGCUAUUCCCGUCUUCCGACCAAUAUACAGUUCCGGCUGGUGGUAACAAUAUCACCGUAUACACACACAGCUAUUUACAGCUAGGCUUGCUAGCGGCUAGGAACGGUAUUUUCCGGCUUGAGGCCAAUGAUAAUAAUACGAAUGAAUUUGUUUCUGUGUGCGUGGAUCCUAUUGUGCAGAAAGAGAAGUGGACGUAUGCCAACAAGCAAUAUAUUAUCAGCGGUGCUCCCCGGCCAGAUGGCAUGAAGCGCGAUGCGGUGUUCGCUCGCUGCCAUGAAGCCGUGCGUCGCUACACGCUUCGCACGCUCGACUGGGAGCCCUCCGUCGCGCCGCGCGGCUCCGUCGCCGCCAUGAGCUACUUCUACGACGUAGCCGCCGAUGCGGGUAUCAUUGACGUGAUGCGCGGCGGAACGGUGUCGGUGGCCACGUACCGCGCGAGCGCGCUGCGCGCGUGCUCGGCGUCCAACGUGGAGCAGCCGUGGGCGUGCGUCGACCUCGUCUACGUGCUCACGCUGCUGCAGGACGCCUACAAGAUACGCGACAACGAGCCCAUCUCCCUGUUCAAGAAAAUUAACGGACACGAAGUAUCGUGGGCGCUCGGUCUCGCCUACACGACUGUCAUGAACAGGAUUUCAGCUGCACAGGCGUAGUAUUGUACCCUCGUUUUAUAUACAACAUUCAAAAUAUUUUGCUACUUGAAAUUUUAUAUUAACCCACUACAAUUAAUAAAAUUAUAUUAAUAAUAAUUAUAUAAAUAUAAAUCUCAGUUUGAGUUAAUUUUAAAAGGUUUGAUACACUUUUUCUGACGGCCAUCUUGUUUUUAAUGUCACACGCACAGAUGUUUUUUUGGCGGUAAAUGUAAGAAGUAUUUUUUUAAUUGAAGUUAAAUAUACAAUUUAUUCGUUAUAUUAAUAAGUCAUUCGGUUUUUGUAAAUUUUAUCUAUGCCGUAUGAUAAUGA